AUGUCAACACAGGACCCCACCGCUGGCGUGCCCAUAACUGUGCUUCCCGAAUACAGUUUGCAGCAUUAUCGCCUUCUUGAGCUUCCCGCAGAUCUGCUCGAGCUUCUCUCCACAUCUGAUCACCCGCCAAUACUGCAGCUCAAAUCCAAAGAGAACUCUGAUGGAAAUGCAAAGGAUGCUAAUGCAGUCCUGUGUACGCCGGAAAAGACGUACGACAUCCGCCAGGUCAGCUCCUCCAAUAGCGUUUACCUCACAAAGCCUCACGAGUGUGCCGAUGAAGGCGGCGGUGUACCAAGGACUGGGAUCGAGACAGUGGCCAAAUGCAGUUCCACGAUCGAGCUCCUUCCCACUAAGAAGCAAUCUGCAGCGCCGUACAUCAAAGCUGCGCUGCCCACAUACGUUUCGACUGGCAAGUACUCGUCACAGAACAGCACGUCCAGAGCUGAACUUUACUCCCACAUCCCGCUCAGUCAAGCGGAGUGCGAGCUUGGCUGGUCUGAACUAGCAUGUUUCGAAUCGACCAGUCCUCAAGGAUGCUUCGUGCCCAGCGGACAGGUUAAAGUCCAGAUAUGGCAAGCUGCGAUUACCGCGGCCACAGCAGAGGGCACCGACCUCAGCUCCUCAUUCUCAAAGAAUGACAUCCCAGGCUAUGCGGUAGACUUGGCCGAAGACUGGCCCACCGAUUUGGUUGCUGCAGUCUUCGCCGGGGUGUCACAGCCUAUAGCGGAAACCAUUGUCGCCGUUGACAAGGAAAAGUGCAUCCAGUUUGUAGGCCUGAGUUUACUUCAAGCAAGAUCCGAAGGCAGACCGACAGAGACCGCUGCGUUUCUGAAAGCGUGGAGGGACCUCAUGCCAGAGUCAUGGCGUGCCAGCUGUCAGCUCCCUGUGCUGAAAGGAUCGUAUACUGUUCAGCCUGGUGGCAACAGCAUAACCCAUACCGCGAGUGUGGUCGAUGCGAAAGGUGCUAUUGUCAGCCCGAACGAUGAAAACGAAACAAAGACCACGCUCGGCGCAAAGAGAAAGUGGCAUGAAAAAUUUCGCGCUUCCAAGAGAGGCUGA